UGUUACUGUAAAUUGUUUAUUGCAAAAAUUCUGCAAAAGAGAACAAAUAUCCAAGAGUUCAAGUGUGCAAAAUGUGUUAGAUGUUUAAGUUGCUGACUAAUACUGGGCGGAAGGUAAUCAGUUGGAAUCCCUGCAAGAAACGAUGUUGCCGCCGAGGGAAAAUGUUGACCUGGAGUGCUUUAUGGUGACAAAGCACUCAUGGAAGGGCAGAUACAAACGCAUCCUCUCUAUCGGCACGGCCGGCAUAUCCACCUACAAUCCGGACAAGCUCGACCUGACCAACCGAUGGUCCUACUCGGACAUAGUGGAAGCAGCACCCUCCAAGACCUCAAAUAUACCCAAUGACUUUGUGGUGACCAUCAAGAAAGAUAAGAAACUGGAUACCAUCAAGUUGUCGUCGGAACACCGCAACGACAUACUCACCUCGAUAUUGAAAUACUACAAGGAGUUUGCAGACAAGCCCAAAAAUGCUCAGCGCUUCAGUGCUUACAAGUACCACUGGUCAGGGAUCAGCCUACCCACUGUGCUGGAGGUCACGCCCUGCUCACUGGACCAGCUAGAUCCCACCACCAACGACGUACUGGCCAGCUAUAUGUAUAAGGAUAUCGAGGGAAUAAUAGCAGGCAUCUCGGACUAUGAAGGAGGCAUUGUGAUGGCCUACGGCGGAUUCAGUCGUCUGCAUCUGUUUAAAGCGCUAAAUCACCACGAGAUCGUUCAGAAUAUAAAGCAGAGAUCGGCUCAGUUUUUGGGAAUCGAAAUCAAAAUACUCAGGAGUCAGAUCACGCUAGAGCAGUUCGAGAGGCAGCGUUUUGGCAAGUUCAGCGGAGACCAAUUUCAAACUUCGUCGACCGAGUUUUCCGUGCAGAAGAUAACGCCCCGCCAUCCAGAUCCGGUAAAGCGCAUUCUUUGUCUCACCGAGGUAACUCUGCUGGAGCGGGAUCCUCAAACCUAUAGCGUCUGUACUCUGCGUCCCCUCACCGAUGUGUUCGCUCUGGUUCGCGACAAAGACAAUCUGCAGCGAUUUAGCAUCGAGUACAAGAAUGGAAUCGUGCGUAGCUAUAGUACCAACGAUCGGGACUCCUUAUUGGCUACUCUGCUAGAUGCUGUGCGCUCUAGUGGCAAUCAAGAUGUCCAUGUCCGCAUUGGUAACACGCCGCGAGGCAAGCGGUAUGUGCCUCUGAGUAGCUCCGUAGACGAGGAGACAGAGGCGAACUUGAUGCGCAUGGUCAUCAAUAAUUUCCAAAAUCCAUCAAAGCGGUAUGAGAUCCUGGAACGAUUCAAUGCCAAUGUACCUCACAGUGGCCUUAACUACAGUGUUACCCAGGAUAGCUUGUUUGCUGAAAACAAAGAUAAACUUAUCCUAAGUGCCCUACAGGCUUUGGCGCAAAAAGAGUUAGACAGUCCCACGGCUCAGUUAAGCAACCUCGAGCUGGAGGCUAUAUUCCAUGCCCUUACGCGUCUACUUGCCAGCAAAGUGGGCUAUGCAGCCUUUACCAAUCUCACGGGGUUUCGCGAGAUCAUCGGUACAAAGGUGGUGGCCGCUCUUAGGCGGAAGGAUUUGGCUGUGACAUAUUCUGCCAUUGACAUGAUCAACUCCUUAAUGCAUUCUGUGAAUUCUGACCAUGACUUGAAGCAAGAGCAACUAAACAAGUCAUCCAUUUUGUCCUCUAAAUCGUUUCUGGAAACAUUGCUAAAUAUGUGGACAACGCAUGUGAGCCAUGGAAGUGGUGCUCUGGUACUGUCAGCCAUGCUAGAUUUCAUGACGUUUGCAUUGUGCGUGCCUUACAGCGAGACCACCGACGGCAAGCAGUUCGAUAUUCUCCUGGAACUGGUCGCUGAUCGUGGUCGCUAUCUGUACAAACUGUUUCAGCAUCCCUCGCUGGCUAUCGUGAAAGGAGCUGGAUUGGUGCUCCGCGCCAUUAUUGAGGAAGGUGAACUUCAAGUGGCCCAGCAAAUGCAGGCCUUGGCUCUAGAUGAGGCGGCGCUUUGUCGGCAUCUACUGGUGGCCCUGUAUACGCCCUCCAAUGAUCCCACACAGACCACGCAACGUCAGUUGUCGCGACAUUUGAUCGGACUGUGGUUAACAGACAGCGAAGAGGCCAUGGAGCUCUUCAAACGUAUCUUCCCCGCUGGCCUGUUAACCUUCUUGGAAUCGGAGGAAUCGGUUCCAGAGUCAGACUUGGAGGAAGACAAAUUAAAUUUCCGUGACAAUCUCAAAUUUGCAAUACAACAUUCCAACAAAACUCGCAAGAAUGUGAUAGAGAAGCAUUUACAAGGCAUCAAGCAUUGGGGAAUGAACCUCAUAGAGAAGCAGGAUGGAGCAGCUCAGGCAUUAAAAAAUCGACCUGUAGUUCUAAGAAAUAGGCGCCAGAAGAAAAAGACAUCUGAUGUCGUUGUGAAUCUGCCUUUCUUUUUUUACAGCUUUGCCAAAGAUCACAGUUUGCCUAAUUUAAUAUGGAAUCAUAAGACCCGCGAGGAGCUGCGUAUGUGUCUGGAAAACGAGCUGCGGCAGUUCCUCAACGAUCGUGACUUGGCUGGCCAGAUGAUUGUGGCUUGGAAUUAUCAGGAAUUCGAAGUGGGCUACCAAUGCCUAGCUGAUGAAAUCAAAAUUGGUGACUACUACAUUCGCUUGAUACUGGAGAAGGACGACUGGCCGCAAAAUCUUGUGAAGGAUCCGAUUGAACUGUUCAAUGCCCUGUAUCGACGGGUUUUGUGUCGGCAGCGCGUAAAUGAUGACCAGAUGACUGUGUUUUCAUUGCAAGCUUUGGCUAAAGUUUAUCGUCGAUACCACGCUGAGAUUGGCAAAUUCAACGAUAUGUCGUACAUCCUGCAGCUCAGCGAUAGGUGUCUGUCACCCUCCAUGCGUGAUGCCCUGAUCAAUCUUAUUUCUUGCCUUGUGCUGGAAAAAUCCAACAGUCGAGCACUUGUCGAUCAUGUGCAGUGCCUAGUGGAUCUCAUUACUCUAGCCCAUCUACACAAAGGACGGGCUCAGCUCAAUACCAAAACGAAUGUGAUUGAAGCAGGGCCUAAUAUGGCUGUUUACGAAGAGAAGGAUUGGUACUACAACAUCGAGAAGGACGGCCAGAAGCCAGAGCGUCAGGGACCUAUCACUUAUUCGGAGCUCAAGGAACUUUGGCAGAAGGGGCUAAUAACGCCGAAGACACGUUGCUGGGCCAUUGGCAUGGAUGGUUGGCGAUCGCUGCAGCAGAUUCCGCAGCUAAAGUGGUGCCUCAUAGCCAAAGGCACACCACUCUACGACGAGACUGAGCUGUCUUCAAAGAUCUUGGACAUACUGAUCAAAUGCACUAGCUUCUUUCCAAGUCGUACUCAGAACGGAGAGGCAGUGCUCAUCCCAGGUCCAAAGUUGUCCCGAAAACUUUCGGAGUUCAUCUGCCUACCCCAUGUGGUACAAGUUUGCCUCACCCACGAUCCUGGAUUGCUGGAGCGCGUAGCAACGUUGCUCUAUCAAAUUAUGGAAGACAAUCCGGAAAUGCCCAAGGUCUACCUUACGGGUGUUUUUUACUUCAUGCUCAUGUAUACUGGCAGCAACAUUCUGCCCAUCACCCGAUUCCUAAAGAUGACGCAUAUGAAGCAAGGAUUCCGCAGCGAGGAGACCUCUCAAUCUGGUAUUAUGCAUCGCAGCAUCCUAGGUCAGUUGCUGCCCGAGGCUAUGGUUUGUUUCCUGGAAAACUACAGCGCAGAAAAAUUUGCCGAGAUCUUCCUCGGCGAAUUCGACACGCCCGAGGUUAUAUGGAGCUCAGAGAUGCGACGUCUUCUUAUAGAAAAGAUCGCCGCCCACAUAGCGGACUUUACGCCUAGGCUUCGGGGUCACACAAUGGCAAGGUAUCCUUACUUGGCCAUUCCAGUCAUCAGCUAUCCACAGCUGGAGAAUGAGCUUUUCUGUCACAUCUACUACCUGCGUCACCUGUGCGACACCCAAAAGUUCCCCAACUGGCCCAUCUCGGAUCCGGUGCAGCUCCUAAAGCACACUCUCGACGCUUGGCGCAAGGAGGUGGAGAAGAAGCCUCCUCAGAUGACAAUCCAACAGGCUUACCAGGACCUAGGCAUCGACCUUACCAAGACCCCGAAGCCAGACGAGUCUAUGAUUCGUAAAAGCUACUAUAAGCUGGCCCAGAUGUAUCACCCCGACAAGAAUCCCAAUGGGCGCGAGAUAUUUGAGAAAGUGAAUCAGGCCUAUGAGUUCCUUUGCUCGCGCAAUGUAUGGAGUUCAGGUGGGCCAGAUCCCAAUAAUAUUGUGCUUAUACUUCGCACACAGAGCAUCCUUUUCGAACGUUACCCGGAUGUCUUGCGACCUUACAAAUAUGCUGGCUAUCCACAACUUAUUAAGACCAUUCGUCUGGAGACUCGGGACGAUGAGCUGUUCUCGAAAGAGGCUCAACUGUUGACCGCUGCGUCUGAGUUGUGUUACCACACUGUGCACUGCUCUGCCUUAAAUGCUGAGGAGCUGCGGAGAGAAGAGGGUAUUGAAGCGCUUCUGGAAGCUUAUACCCGUUGUGUCUCAAUUCUCGGUGUGGACUCUAAGCCGGACUCUCUUCACUACCAGGUCAUAUCAAACGUGACGCGUUGCUUCGAAGUUGCCUGUAACUUCGAAAAGUGCAAGCAGAAAAUUAUUCAGCUGCCGCAAUUGCUUUCUGACGUGUGUCGUGUGGUAUAUUUUAAGCACACGCUCUCGGUGAGUCUGGUGACCAGUUUGGCAGCUAAUAACUAUGACCUGCAAUGCCAAUUAUCACGGAAUGGUGUACUCUGGUCCCUGCUACUAUUCAUCUUCGAAUACGACUACACGCUGGAUGAGAGCGGGGUAGAGGUGAGCGACAAGUCCAACCAGCAACAGCUGGCCAACAACCUGGCAAAGAUGGCCGUCCUUGGGUGCAUCUCCUUGGCUGGUUAUAGCAUGGAGCUGAGACAGAAACCGAUAACGGGAAGCGAGGCGAACUCGCCCGCGGCCAAGGCGCCACCAGCCAUCAAACCUAAGCCAACGGUGACCUCUGCUUCAAGUUCAACGUACACCCAGAACGCCCACAAUCCGCUGCAAAGCAAACAACUUGCUAUCACGAGCGGAAAGGAAAAGGAACCUGACACUUCCUCUGGGAGCAGCGACACCUCCAGUUCCACGCCCACCGACAGUGAGCAACAGCAGCAAUUGACAAAGAGCAGUACCAGUGCCAUUCAGCAAAAGUACAUUGUGACGGGGGAGGCGAAGAACUCGCUGAUCAAGCAGGUUCUCGAUCGCCUUCUCACACGUUAUAUUGCUAACCAGUUGGCAACGGCUCGCGAUAGCGACGUGCUCAAGCUGCUCACAGCUAACACCCGCAAUCCCUACCUCAUCUGGGACAAUGGCACCCGCGCUCAGCUUAAGGAUUUCCUUGAACAGCAGCGAACAGCAUCAGCCAAGGAGACGCACGAAGACAUUUCCCAGGUCUCCGAGCUAGUUUCCGGCUUUGAGUUCGAUGCACACAAAGACGAGCUGCAGAUCGGCGGAAUAUUCAUUCGGAUCUACAAUGAUAUGCCCACCCAUCCAAUUGCUCAUCCGAAACUCUUUAUCAUAGACUUGCUGGAGUACCUAAAGCACUCCUUUCAGUUUCUGCAAUACAAAAAGAAUCCGGCAUCAUCUACCGCUGCCGUUAGCAGUACACCUAAAAUGGGUAAUGAUGGCAUCCUAACACCCACUCUAGCUCCCAAUCAUCCCCAGUUGCAGCAGGCUUCGACGGGCAAAGCCGGCAGUACUUUCGACGAGGUUCUUACUGCUUACAAUCGUUCCAAGAGUCGGAAAAAGCUUGAGACGGAUGCACAGACAGAACAGCAGUUGGCAUUACAGCAAAGCAAAUACGACUUUGGCAGCGAUGGAAAACUUGAGCAGCACAUCACAAUGGUGCUAAAGGCAUUGAUAGCAGUGAUCAAGGCAAAUGCCGAGGUGGAGAUCCAGUGCAUCGGAAACUUUGAUAUGAUCUUUGGUUUCUUGGCCAGCAACAUAUUCACCGAUAAUUCUACUGUAAAAACGGUGGCUUUAGAGGUGGUUUCUCUGGUUUCGCGAAACAAGGAGUGCGUCUCGGAGGUGGCAGCUUGUGAGAUCUUGGGCAACUAUUUGGUGGCCCUUAAAGACCCAGAACUUCGUGCCAGCCAAGUGAAAGUGCUGGAGACUCUUUCAGGACUAAUGAACGUGCAAGAGAUGAUUAAGGAAGCCCAGACCAAAGGCGCCACCAUCUAUCUACUUGACCUUUUCUGCAACUCCCGAAAUCCGCAGAUCCGUGAAAUGUGUGCCAGUGUUCUGGCCAAGAUGACGGCAGAUCGCCUGAGCGGUCCAAAGGUUCGGAUAACGAUAUCGAAAUUCUUGCCAGCUCUAUUCAUCGACGCUAUGGUGGAGUCGCCUCCCACGUCUGUGCAGCUUUUCGAGUCUAUACACGAGCAUCCAGAGCUUAUUUGGAACGACAGCACGCGAUCGAAUGUCUGUGAUGCUGUGGCAGACACGUGCCAAAGAUUCUAUCAGCUGCAAAAGGCAAAUCCCCGCCAUGUGUGGAAGGAUCCGGAAAUUCUUAAAGACAUUGUAUCCAAUGAAAUCGUUGUGGCAGGCGUUUACCUCAGACUAUUUGUCAGCAAUCCCGCUUGGACACUUCGCAAGCCCAAGCAAUUCCUCUCCGACCUCCUGGACUUUGUCGUAGAACAGAUCGGCAAAAGUUCCUCCGAGCAAGAUGUACUGGACCUGUCUACCACGGCGCUAGUGGAGCUUCUACGGUCGCAGCCCAACUUGGCAGACGACAUCCCAGUGCUUGGACAUAUACCGAAACUGUUCAACCUGCUCUCGGUGCAGCCAAAGAACACGCUAUCAGUAUUACAUCAGCUUUCGCUGUCUGAGUUCUGCGUGAGUGCCAUCUCACAGACGGAAUGUGUAGCGCCAUUAAAGAAGUGCAUGGAGCACAAUAGGGAUUGCAUCGAAAAGGCCUGUGAAGCACUGAGUCGUCUUUUUAAACACCAGCAUGACUCAUUGAUCAGCCAAUCGCUGGAGGUGGGACUUAUACCAUUUUUGCUGGGGCUGCUUGACAGCCGUCUGGAGUUCGUGGACAAUCCAUCAGCUGUUAAGGCGCAAAUUGUAGCGGCACUUAAAGGCAUGACGCACAAUCUUAAUUACGGCGAUCGAGUCACGCAAAUUUUGCUCAAACAUCCCGUAUGGGCCGAGUUUAAGGACCAACGUCAUGAUCUAUUUAUUGCCGAUACCAGUGUUCGUGGCUAUCUGACAGGUGUCAAUCCGACGGCUGGUUACCUGACGGCGGGUCCUGCGCAAAGCGUCGAAGUUCUUACCUCACCGCCUCCCAUCGAUCGCGACGAUCCUUCGGCCCGUCCACCCAUCGAUUAGCGAUUCGUUACUCGCCGGACCAAAGCUAAAGCUUAGGCUGGCAUUAAGGUUGAAGGCGCAAUCAAAUAGCCUUAGAUUGCCACGGAAUCUGACAUAUGGAUAAACGAACACGGACUUGCACGGGUUUUACCCAAAUUAUUGUAUUAAACUUUUUCAUAAUUUUUACACUCGCAGCCAAUUGUACGUAGCGUGGAAAGGGCAGGCGUGGCUAUCGUCAGCCAACAUAUUAAACUGUAACAAAGUUUCAUUUUUUAUAUUUAUAAAAAAUUGUAUAAAUAAUUAGUUAUUAGUUUAUACACCGAACAUAAACCUAACUAGAGCAUGCAUAAAGUGAUUAUACAUAUUAUGGAAUAAAGCCGAUUCAUUACAAA